AUGACGUUUGGAGGCGCAGCUCGCCGCGUGGACGCCCCAUUCGGCGGGAUCGCCGAGCUGCCCCCGCGUCGCCGAGUCGUCAGUUGCCGGGCAUUCCCGUGGCGGGAGCGAACCGGCCUGCGGCCGAGAUUCGGAGAUGCGGCACUGCGCUCGGCCACGGGACCCCGCCUCGCCAAGCCGGCCACGGAAGACGUCGAAGACGCCGCCGAGGCGCCGCUUGACGUGCGGGAGGCCCCCAUCGGGGUCCAAUCGGAUCAGCCAAAUGGGACCGAGCCGGACGUCAGCCACGGAUCGCCAGAGGAUGGAAGCGGCCCCAAGGGGGAGUCGGAAAGGCUGGGCAUGGGGAUGCUGGUCCUGGUGGCGGUGCUGUGGGGCACGUACUCGCCCGCACUGAAGUUCAUCUACAACUCCCCCGGCGCCCCCACACCGGCGGUCCUGUCGGCGAUCAAGGCCGCGAUGUCGUCCGCGUUCCUGUUUGCCGGGACGUUGAUCGGCCGGGCUGGUGGAGGGGGCUCCGGAGAUGAGCCGCUGCGGAAGAAGAACCUCUCCGGUGCAAGAAUGCGGGUGGAAGGGGAACAGGAGGAGGAGGAACAGGGGGAUGCGAAACUGGGCGGAAAUGGGGCCCACGGGAGGCUGGGUGGGCGGACUGGGGCGCUGUGGGCGGCGGGGGCGGAGCUCGGCUUCUGGAACUUCCUGGCGACGGCGUGCCAGGCCGUCGGGAUACAGUACACCGAGGCGAUCCGGGCGGCAUUUCUGAUACAGGCGACCGCCGUCUUCACCCCCUUGGUCGCCAGAUUUGCAGGUGACCUGGUCAAUACCAAUGUUUGGAUUGGCUGCAUGGCUGGCCUGCUGGGCAGCGUGCUCAUCACGAUGGACACAGGGGGAGCAUGCGGUGAGGACUGCACCGCCCUGUCUAGCAGUGCUGGCGACUGGGCAAUCCUGGUGGCCGCGCUGCUGUACUCCAUCUCGACUGUCCGGCUUGGGGCGCGGGCCAGUCAAUUCGAUGCGAUUUAUCUUGCCACAUCUAAAACCCUUGCCCUUGCAGUUUUGUCUGCUGGCUGGGUAGUGGCAGAUGCUGCAGGACUUCUGGGCCAAGGGCAGCCCGUCCACGGGCUCUGGCAGGAUGUUGGGAAUCCUGUCUCAUGGCUUGUGCUAGUAUGGGCUGCACUGGGCCCUGGGGCAAUUGCAGCAUUGCUGCAGACAAAGGGCCAGCAGCUGGUCACAUCCUCACAAUCCCAGGUCUUCUUUGCAUCAACUCCGCUUUGGUCCGCUUUGAUUUCUGGAGCCCUCUUGGGAGAGACCAUGGGUGUUUGGGGAUGGGUGGGCGGGGCGGUCAUUGUUGCGGGUGGGAUUCUGUCGUCGCUGACACUGGAGGAUGUAGGGCAGAGUUGA